UGCCCAGCGGCUGCAAACACCCAGCCUCGGCGGCGGCGGCUCCCCUGCGUGCAGCCCGCUCCCCCGCCAGCUCUCCCCGACGCGAUGAGCCCCGGCGGGCAGCAGCCGCCGCGCUAGGCUCGUCCCCGCCAACUUCCUCUCCCCGCGUCUCCUCGCAGCACCGGUGAAAAUGGCGAGGGGCGCGCUGGAGGCGGACGGGCUCCGGGGUACCCUGGUGGCGCUGCUGCUGCUGGCGGCGCUGCCCGGCGGCGCGGCUCGCCCGCGGGUCCCCCUGCCCGGGGACGUGAACGGCCACAGCCUGCACCCGCCCUACUUCAACCUGGCCGAGAGCACCCGGAUCUCCGCCACCGCCACCUGCGGGGAGGAGCGCGGCGGCGGCGGCGGCGGCAGCCGGGGCCCCCGCGCCGUGGAGGAUCUGUACUGCAAGCUGGUCGGCGGGCCGGUGGCAGGGGGGGACCCCAACCAGACCAUCCAGGGGCAGUACUGCGACAUUUGCACAUUGACGAACAGCAACAAGGCUCACCCCAUAACCAACGCCAUUGACGGAACAGAGCGCUGGUGGCAGAGUCCUCCCCUCUCUCGCGGGCUGGAGUUCAACCAGGUCAACGUCACCUUGGACCUUGGACAGCUGUUUCACGUGGCAUACGUCCUGAUCAAAUUUGCCAAUUCCCCUCGUCCGGAUCUCUGGGUGCUGGAGCGAUCUACUGACUUUGGAGUUACCUAUGAGCCGUGGCAGUACUUUGCCUCUUCCAAGAGGGACUGUAUUGAGAAGUUUGGCCUGAAUACCGUGAAACGUAUUACCAAGGAUGAUGACGCCAUCUGCACUACUGAAUAUUCCAGGAUUGUGCCUUUAGAAAACGGAGAGAUUGUCGUCUCGCUGGUAAACGGGCGCCCGGGAGCCAUGAACUUCUCAUAUUCACCUCUCCUGCGGAAUUUCACCAAAGCCACUAACAUCAGACUGCGCUUCCUGCAGACCAACACGCUGCUUGGGCACCUGAUGGGCAAAGCCCUAAGGGACCCAACCGUGACCAGGAGGUAUUACUACAGCAUCAAAGAUAUCAGCAUUGGAGGGCGCUGCGUCUGCCAUGGCCAUGCGGACGUCUGUGAUGCCAAGGACCCUACUGACCCCUAUAGGCUGCAGUGCGAUUGUCAACACAACACCUGUGGCGGCUCAUGUGAUCGUUGCUGCCCGGGCUUCAACCAGUUACCCUGGAAACCAGCUACGACUGACAGCGCUAAUGAAUGCCAACCUUGCAAUUGCAAUGGUCAUGCCUACGACUGCUACUAUGAUCCAGAGGUCGAUCGCCACAAGGCCAGCAAAAAUUAUGACGACCAGUAUAAAGGGGGAGGUGUCUGCAUAGAAUGUCAGCAUCAUACAACUGGCAUCAACUGUGAGAGGUGCAUCCCUGGAUACUAUAAAUCUCCUGACCAUUCGAUAGACUCACCCUACAUUUGCUAUCGUUGUAAUUGUGACUCAGAGUUCACCGAUGGCACCUGUGAGGACCUCACUGGUCGCUGUUACUGCAAGCCAAAUUACACCGGGGAGCUCUGCAAUGCAUGUGCAGAGGGAUACACAGACUUCCCACACUGCUAUCCUGUUCCAGCUUUCUCUCACAAUGAUACCGGAGAACAGGUGCUUCCGGCUGGACAGAUAAUAAACUGCGAUUGCAACGCCGCCGGGACGGAAGGGAAUGCCUGCCGCAAAGACUCUCAAAGGGGAAUGUGUGUGUGUAAACCCAACUUCCAGGGAGCUCAGUGCGAUCAGUGUGCGCCCGGGCACUACGGACCCGGCUGCCAGCCAUGCCAGUGUUCAGGCUCUGGCCAGUACGAUGGCACCUGCGACAGCGAGACCGGCCAGUGCCUGUGCCGAACUGGAUUCGAAGGGUAUUCGUGUAACCAGUGUGCACCCGGCUACUUCAGCUACCCUCUCUGCCAAUUGUGCGGGUGCAGCGCCGUUGGGACGCUGCCAGGAGGCUGCGACUCAGGCGGGAGAUGUUUCUGCAGGCCUGAGUUUGAUGGGCCUCGCUGUGAUCAGUGCAGCAUGGGAUAUCAUUCCUAUCCUCGUUGCCAAGCUUGCUCCUGUGAUCCCCGGGGUUCGGUGGAUAACAGCUGUAGCCCAGCUGGUCAGUGCCGGUGCCAUUCUAACUACGCCGGGCACACCUGUAGCCAGUGUGCACCAGGCUUCUAUGGGUACCCCAGCUGCACACCUUGCCAGUGCUCCACAGAGGGCUCUCUCCACGGCACAUGUGAUCAGGAAACUGGACAGUGCCGCUGUCGCCCCAAAGUGGCUGGACUGCGCUGUGACACCUGCAUGCCAGGGGCAUAUGGAUUUCCACACUGCGAAGUGGGCUCCUGUAACCCAGCAGGGUUAGCAACUGCAGACCCUUCCCUGUCUCCGGGUUCCUGUGCAUGUCGGGCAUAUGUCGAAGGUCCAGCUUGUGACAGGUGCAAACCACUGUACUGGAACCUGACUCCCGAUAACCCGUAUGGAUGCACAAGCUGCCAGUGUGAUACCAAGGGCACCAUCAGUGGAGUCGCAGAAUGUCAGCAAGGCAAUGGGCAGUGUUUCUGCAAACCCAGCAUCUGUGGCCAGUUGUGCUCCACGUGUAAGGACGGAUACUUCAACGUGGACCAUGCAAAUUACUUUGGCUGCCAAGGCUGCCGGUGCGACGUUGGUGGGUCCAUCGGGCUGGUGUGUGAGGCGAGGACCGGAGCCUGUCACUGCAGGCAGAACACCCAGGGCCCAACAUGCACCCUGCCUGCGAGGGACCAUUAUUUCCCUGACCUCCACCACCUGAAAUUCGAGUUGGAAGAGGGCACCACGCUAGAUGGCCGGGCUGUUCGCUUUGGCUACAACCCCCUGGAGUUUGAGAAUUUCAGCUGGAGAGGAUACGCUCAGAUGUCUCCCAUUCAGCCCAAGGUAGUGGUGACUCUCAAUGUGACCUCCCCUGACCUGUUCCGCAUCGUCUUCCGCUACGUCAACCGGGGGCCGGCCAAUGUGGAAGGGAGGGUCUCGGUCCUUGAGGAAGGAAAGUUUAAUGUUUGUGGCAACUGUACGGAGCAGACCAAGCAGAUCAUCUUUGCUCCCAGCACCGAACCGGCUUUUGUCACCGUCCCUCAGAACAGCUUCGGGGAGCCCUUUGUGCUGAAUCCCAGCGUGUGGUCGCUGAUCGUGGAGGCAGAGGGCAUCCUGCUGGACUAUCUGGUUUUGCUUCCCAGUUCGUACUACGAAGCGCCCGUACUGCAGCUGAAGGUCACAGAGGCCUGUACCUCCAGCCCAGCCCCUGAGCAAGCCAGUCAGAACUGCCUCUUGUACAAGUACCUGUCUGUGGACAGCUUCCCCUCUGCGUCUGGAGGAGACAUGGUGUGCCGGCUGGACAACAGCUUACCCAGGCCCUGUCCGAUGGUGCCCGUCACUCCAUCACACCCGCAGAUGGCGCUGUGCAGCGGCAGUGACGUGGAGGUCCAGCUGCGGCUCGCUGUUCCCCAGCCUGGGAGAUACGUGCUGCUGGUGGAGUACGCCAACAAGGAUGCCGUGCAGAGGGCCAGUGUAGCAAUGAGCUCCCUGCAGUUAGCCACCCAGCAGGGGUCACUCACCUUCCACACAUGUGACUACAGUUUCCUUUGCCGUGGGAUGGUCUUAGAUUCACAGAAUCGCUUGGCAGCUUUUGAACUUACCACAGAGGGAACCGUUCGGUUCACAGCCGAUCAAGCCCACUUCUUCCUGUAUAAAGUGUACCUGGUACCUUAUGGACAAUUCACCAUGGAAUUUGUUGAGCCGAGGGUUCACUGCAUCAGCCUGCAUGGCACCUUCUCACCCUCCAGUAGUUCCUGCAUCCCAUCAAGGUUUAUGAAGCUCUCUCAGUCCAUUGUCCUGGAAGCAGGCCAGGCUCUGUCAAUCCCUCCAGACUUUCCCCUGACUCAAGUCUUCACAGUCGCUCCAACUGGCAUCCCAACUGAGCCUUCGCCUCGGCCUCCGACUGCAGUGGACUCCUCUGCAGAGCUCAUUCUCCUGCAGCCUUCCCAGGCUGCUGCUGUAUUCAACAGCCGGAUCCAGACGCUGGGUCGCUAUGCUUUCAUCAUGCACUAUUACCAGCCCGACCACCCCACAUUCCCCGUGGAAGUGUUAAUCAACGGUGGGCGGAUUUGGCAAGGCCAGGCCAAGGCUGCUUUCUGCCCACAUGGAUACGGUUGUCGGAGUGUGGUGGUUUCCGAGAACCAGAUCAUCCUGGACAUAACGGAUAACGAGCUGACGGUGAUUGUUCGUGUGCCAGCAGGCCGGCAGCUGUGGCUGGAUUACAUCCUGGUGGUGCCUGAAGACAGCUACAGCUCCCAUUAUCUGCUGGAGGAACCCCUGGACAAAUCCUACGAGUUUAUCAGCAGCUGUGGAGUCAGUAGUUUCUACAUCAGUCCUACCACAUCGUCCAAGUUCUGCAGGGACUCUGCCAUCUCACUCUCUCUGUUCUACAACAAUGGAGCCCAGCCCUGCCGCUGCCACGAAGCAGGGGCCGUCAGGGGUCAGUGCGAGCUCUUUGGUGGGCAGUGUGCUUGCAAAUCCAACGUCAUCGGCCGAGAGUGUUCCCGGUGUGCCACCGGUUACUGGGGCUUCCCCAACUGUAGACCUUGUGACUGUGGGACCCGCCUGUGCGAUGAAGUGACGGGACAAUGCAUCUGCCCGCCGCAUACCAUCAAGCCGGAGUGCAUUGUCUGUGAGCCCCAGACCUUUGGCUGCCACGCCUUGAUUGGCUGUGAGGAUUGCAAUUGUUCUCGUACAGGAGUGCAAGAACUGGCGGAGCCAGGCUGCGACGUGGACAGUGGGCAGUGCAGGUGCAAACCCAAUAUAAUAGGACGGCGGUGUGAUGUCUGCGCCCCUGGCUACUACCAUUACCCGCACUGCCGGAGGUGUGACUGUCAUCAGGCAGGGACGGAAGUGAGCGUGUGUGAGCCGGUCACUGGGCAGUGUCACUGCAAGGAAAAUGUGGAGGGUGUGAGGUGUGACCAGUGCCGCCUAGGGACCUUCUCUUUGGAUGCAAACAACCCCAAGGGCUGCACCAGGUGUUUCUGCUUUGGAGCGACCGAUCGCUGCCACAGUGCGGAGAAGUACCGAGUGGAGUUCAUCAACAUGAAUGGGUGGGUGUUACUGAGCGGAGACCGCCAAGAAGUGGCCACCUCCCUGAGACUAGAGGAGGAGCUCAUUCAUGCUGACCUGAAGAACGUUCCCGAGGCCUAUCAGGAGCUCUACUGGCACGCACCCAGCUCUUACCUUGGAGACCGGGUGUCCUCCUAUGGCGGAUACCUGCAGUAUGAGCUUCGCUCAGACACCAGAAGGGGCGAUGUGUUCGUUCCCAUGGAACCCCGCCCGGAUGUCAUCCUCAAGGGAAACCAAAUGAGCAUCAUGUUUCUGGAAGGCACUUACCCUUCCCCUGGAGAGGUACAUGAAGGCCGGCUGCAGCUCGUGGAGGGUAACUUCAGACACACGCAGACGCACAACCCAGUGUCCAGGGAAGAGCUGAUGAUGGUGCUGGCUAACCUAGAGCAGCUGCAGAUCCGAGCGCUCUUCUCCCAGCUCGCCUCAUCAGUGUAUCUGCGUCGGGUGGUCCUGGAGACUGUGACGGAGACCAGCGGGGGCAUCCGAGCCAGCAACGUGGAACUGUGCAUGUGUCCGGCCAAUUACAGGGGAGAUUCCUGCCAGGAAUGUGCUCCAGGUUAUUACAGAGACACCAAGGGUCUCUUCUUGGGAAAAUGUGUUCCCUGUCAUUGCAACGGCCACUCGGAUCAGUGCCUCCCAGGGUCUGGAAUAUGCAUCAACUGCCAACACAACACGGAGGGAGAUCGCUGUGAGCGAUGCAAAGAUGGGUAUGUCGGUAACUACUCCCUCGAUGGGCCAUUGCAGUGCAUGGGAUGUCCAUGUCCUCUUUCAGUUGCUUCCAACAACUUUGCCAUUGGAUGUGUCCAUAAGGGCUCCAGCAUGCAGUGUCUCUGCAAGCCAGGCUAUGCCGGAGCCAUGUGUGAACGGUGUGCCCCAGGUUACUAUGGCAACCCCUUAGUGAUCGGCAGUUCCUGCCAGCCAUGUGACUGCAGUGAGAACACGGAUCCCAACAUGUUGUUCAGCGACUGUGACUCUCUGACGGGCGCCUGCACAGGAUGUAUGUACAACACGGCCGGGCCCCGGUGCGAAGUGUGUGCCCCAGGGUACCACGGAGACGCAGUGGUGGCAAAGAACUGCACAAGGUGUAACUGUUUGCCGUGCGGGACUGAGUCGUGUGACCCUAGAACUGGCCGAUGUCUCUGUAAACCUGGAGUGACAGGUCAGCACUGCGACUGCUGUCAGGAUGGGCACUACGGCUACCGUGACUGCUCUGGCUGUCGAAAGUGUGACUGUGACAUUGGAUCCAUAGGCACCAGCUGCCACGCUGAGACUGGUCAGUGUAGCUGCCAGCCCGGGGUGACUGGUCUUCGAUGCCAGCAGUGCGCGCCAGGCUACUGGGGGCUCAGCAAGCGUGGCUGCACAAAGUGUCAGUGUAAGGGGGGCUCCUGCAACCCCCGGACUGGGGAGUGCACCUGCUCCAAUGGCCUGACGGGGAAGCAGUGUGACACCUGCAUAGAGAAGUAUGAGAUCCCCGUAGCAAAUGGCCCGGACAGCAUGAGGUGUGAAGUCUGUGACAGCUGCGUGCUGCUUCUGCUGGACGACCUCCAGAAGAUCGAGGCCUCUUUCCCCAUCAUCAGGAACCAGCUGAUCAACCUGAACGCCAGCUCCAUCGCUUGGGCCCGACUGCAUGGUCUGAACAGCUCUAUGAAAAACGUCACUAACCACCUGCACGAAUAUCGGAGAUCCAUGAACAGGGUCAAGCAAAAGGCAGCCGAGCUGGCAGACGAGACUGCGGACCUCACUCAGGAUUUGAUUGCACUGCAGCACAAGGCAACGAUGACUCACAGAAAAGCAAAGGAUCUGCAGGGGCAGACAAAUGAGACCUAUCAGAGAGCAGAGCACCUGCCAAUGAGUAUCCAAGACAUCCUGGAUAGCAUUGCAGAUUUGGUGCACCAGAUGAACAAACUGGGGACUGCAGACCUCAGCACGGCCUCCUCUGAGGAGUUCUGGCAAAAGAUGGCCGAGGUGCAAAGGAUGCUGAAGGAGAUGAAGGAACGGGAUUUCCUCAGCCAGAAAGGGGUGGCAGAACAUGAACAUGAGAAGGCUCAGAAACUGCUCCAUCGCGUGAGGAGCGAGCUGUACAGCAAGUGGGAAUCCAACCAAGACCUGGUGAAGAGCAUCAAAGACGUACUGGCUCAGUAUAGCUCAAAGCUGAUGGAUCUCCGAGAUGCUCUCAAUGAGGCAGUGAAUAAAACCAGGCAGACAGAGGACUUGAACAGCCUGAAUCGGAACAACCUUGAGGAGAUCCAGCGAAAGAGUAAGGAGCUACAGAAGCAGUACGGGAUGGUGCAGGACACUCUGCAGAUGGCUGAGGACUCCCUGGUCCAGGUCUCGGAUCUUCUACAGAUAAUAGAGAAUGCAAAGGAGGAGUACGAGAAGCUAGCCGCCCGGCUGGACGGAGCCAGGUACCCCCUGACCGAGCGGGUGAAGAAGUUUUCUCCCGCCAGCAGUAAGAUCCCAGUCGUUGAAGAAGCUGAGGAGCACGCCAGGCUCCUGGAUGAACUCGCGCGGAACCUUUCCAGCAGCAUCCAGGGCGCAAACCAGGAUGGGUUUAUCCAGCGAGCGAUCAAUGCCUCCAACGCAUAUGCCAGCAUCAUCAAGGCUGUGAAGAAUGCAGAGAGGGCAGCCAAAGACGCCGAUGAGGCAGCCGGUGAAGCUUUGACAAGUGUUGUGUCGGGAGAUCUUGGUGCCUUAUCUAAAGAGCUGAAGAAGAACAGCAGUGCCCUGGAGCAAGCCGUGAAGAGGGAGCAGAGGAAACUCGAUGGGGUUAUUAAAGGGACGCUGCAGGCAGCCAAGGACAAACUGACCGAUCUCCGAGAGAAGAAGGAGCAGCUCCUGAACCAGCUGCGAUCUGUACAGAACAUGCUGGACAUGGACCAAGAUAACACCACAGCGGUUAUUCAGAAUGCCAAGGCUGCAGCUGCAGCAGCCAACGACACGGUUGCCAGGGUGGAAGAUACAUUGAGCAACAUGAAGAAGAACCUGGAUGAGUGGAAAGACCAGUAUGGAGGCCUUAAAAAUGAAGAGUUAAACCAGGCAGUUCAAGAUGCCAAGAAGUCUGUGUCGAACCUGGAAAGCACCAUUCCGCUGCUGCUGGAGAAGCUGAGUGGCCUGGAGAACAGGAGGAAUAAGAACUCCACUGUGUCCGAGAACAUCCUGCGAAUCCGCCAGCUGAUCACGCAGGCCAGAAAUGCUGCUAGCAAGGUGAAGGUACCAGUGAAGUUCAACGGCACCUCGGGCAUCCAGGUCCGGACUCCCAGCGACCUGCAGGAUUUGUCGGCCUACACCUCCCUCAAGUUCUACAUCCAGAACCCGGAGCCCAAACCCAGGCAGCGGCGUCAGGAUGGGGCCGACGCGGGCCAGUUCGUAUUGUACCUGGGCAAUAAAGACGCCACUGGAGACUACAUGGGCAUCGUGCUCAAAGACCGCAAGGUGCAGUGGAUCUAUAAACUUGGGGACGAAGAACCGACCUAUUUAACAGUUGACGAAGAGAUCGGAGAGCAGUUUGCCGCAGUCAGCAUCAACAGGAUCCUGCAGUAUGGACACAUGUCUGUGAUCGUGGAGAAGCAAACCUUGCACGAGACGAAAGGAGACAGCGUAGCCAAAGGAGAGCAGGGGCUGCUCAACCUCGAGCCACACAGCGUGGUCUUCUAUGUGGGAGGCUACCCCGCCGGCUUCACGCCUCCAGUGACGCUGCGCUACCCCAGCUACCGGGGCUGCAUCGAGAUGGAUACGCUGAACGAGGAGGUGGUGAGUCUAUACGACUUCCAGCACACCUUCCACCUGGACACGGCUGCUGACAAACCCUGUGCAAGGUCCAAAUCCACGGGAGAUCCCUGGCUGACAGAUGGCUCCUACUUUGAUGGUACCGGCUACGCAGAAAUCAAAUUUGAGAGCCAGAUCGGCUCGACCAAGCGCUUUGAACAGGAAAUUCGUGUGGUCUCAUACAACGGGAUUCUCUUCUUCUUGGAGCAUCAGGGCCAGUUCCUGUGUCUGGCUGUUCAGGAUGGAAAGCUGGUGCUUUACUAUAACUUCAGGCAAGUCCUUGAGAUGGCACCACCCAGCAGUGACCCCACGUCUCUCACCGUCAGCAGCACCACGAACAAAGCGAUCCAGAUUUUCCUCCUCACCAUGACUUCCAAGCAGCGCAUUUUAGUGCGGCUGGAGCGACAGACCAUCUUCAUGGUGGAGCACGAGAACUCCCUGGAGAAUGCCGUUUCCUACUACCUGGGGGGCGUGCCCGUGCCCCUGCUGCCCAAGAGCUUGAAGGCCAUCUUCCCCAAGGGAGGUUCCAUCCGGGGCUGCAUGAAGGGCCUGAAGGCGCUUGGCAAAUACGUUGACCUAAAGCGCAUGAAUACGGUCGGAGUGAGCUACGGGUGCACCUCGGACCUCCUGGUGGCCCGCUCCGUUAAAUUCCACGGCCACGGCUACCUGACGCUGCCUCUGAAGAACGUGCCCUCGUUGCAGGACUUCUACACAGGCUUCAGCUUCCGAACUAGCCAGAGCCAUGGCCUGCUGUACUCCCACACCACAGCGGAAGGGAAUUGCCAGGUGUCUCUGAAGAAUGGCCGAGUAGCCGUGACAGUGCUGAAAACCGAACUCACCACGAAACAUGCCUAUGCGGACGAUGCCAGCCACUAUGUGACCAUCUACAGCGACGCCACGGGGGUUCGGCUUUACAUAGAUGACCAGCUGCAAGGGCCCAAGCAAGGGGCCGAUCGCUACAAGCGGCACAGGCGCCAGGAGGAGCAGAUGCUGUUUCGACUGGGUGGUUUGCCAGAGGCCGGCGCUUUUAGCAACCUGACGGGCUGCAUCGGGAAUGUCUUUGUGAAGCGGAAGUUAGACCCGCAGAUGGUUGUGGACCUGCAGCAGAACACAGAGAGCUUCAACGUGACCAUGAGCUGCCCGUGGGACCGGCAGCCACAGCAGAUGAGAGCGUCUCUGAAGAAAGACAGGCGGAAACUAAAGGUGCCAAGCCAGGCUGCACUGAAAGACCGUAGGCAUUACCAGGACAGGACCUGCCAGCUACCCAGGCACCCCAAAGCCGCGAAAGGUGCCUUCCGAUUUGGAGGAGCCUCCACGAGCCAUGUGGAAUUUGAUGAUAUCCCGGCGUCCUUCCGCGAAAGGUCCCACUUCUCCCUGGACGUCAGGCUGAACUCACCCAGUGGGCUGCUGUUCUACGUGGCCAGCGAACUGCAGGGCUCCUUCAUGGCCCUCUUCGUCUCCAGUGGCCGCUUCGUGUUCCUGGCCGAUCUCAAUGGGAAGAAGCUGAGAAUGCGGAGCAAAGACAAGUACCAUGACGGCAGGUGGCACACAGUCUUCUUCGGCAGGGACGGGAGCAGGGCUCAGCUGGUCAUCGAUGGCCUGAAGGCUCAGAACGGCGUGGUGGCUGCCGCUGGAGACUUCCUGGCCCAAAGCCCGUUUUACGUGGGGGGAGCUCCUGCUGCGAAAGCCAAGGCUCACGUUCCAGACACUUCUGUGCCCAGCUUUAGCGGCUGCCUGAAGAACUUGAAACUGGAUGGGAAACCCCUGGACUCCCCCUCUCGCGUCUUUGGAGUGACACCCUGCUACGAGGGGGCUCUGGAGAGCGGCAUCUUCUUCGCUGCAGAGGGUGGAUACGUGGCUUUAGCCGACUCUGUGGCAAUGGGGCGGGACCUGGAGCUGAGGUUGGAUGUCCGGCCCCGGAGCGCCUCUGGCCUGAUUUUCCACGUGGGCACGCAGAGAAGGCACUACCUCACUCUGUACGCAGACGACACACAGGUCACAGUGAAAGCAAACACCGGGGCGGGGGAGUUCUCCACUUCGGUGGCCCGCCCGGCACUCUGUGACGGCCAGUGGCACAGCAUAGCAGUCAUCCGAGGCAAAAACGUGAUCCGGUUGGACGUGGACACAGAUGGAAACUACACGGUGGGACCCAGCCAGACUCGCUCAGCGGAUACCAAAGAGACGCUCUAUCUGGGGGCCGUGCCAGGAACUGCCACGCCGGAGGCUGCUUCGCCGUCCCUGCUCACGCCUCUUCCCCAUUACGUCGGCUGCAUAAGGAAUCUGGUGAUAAACCGGAACCCGGUUGACCUGCCACAGGCUGGGACCGUCGGGGGCUCGGUUGGCCUUACGGGCUGCCCCGUGAUUUAAAUAGUGUAAAGCCUGAACUAUGAAAAGCUGCACUACCCGCCAGGUGCCUUGCUGGGAUUAGACACUCAGCCUGCGAUCUCUUGUACCCUUGACUAACAGAGACACGUGAGCUCCAGCAACUACGGUGACGCCAGAGAGGUCCACACCCAGAGAGGGGCUGAGCCUGCAGCUCUGCCCUCUCUCAUCUUCAAUUGGUUUUGAUUAUUGGUGCCCCCCAAGGACACAGCCCUCCCUAAACCCCCAUCUCCAGUAUGUGAGUGUUAGAGACAAGCCCCUAUUACCCGUGAGCCACGGCUCUUGCUGCUUAGAACAGCGGCGUAUAAGGAGAGUGGGUAGAGUGCACAGCAGCAGUGCAUCUCCCCCAAACUCCCCCUCUGUUCACGUCACCUGCCACGGGGCGUCCCUGCUGUGGGGGUGGGCUGGAGACUUUGUUACAAACUCUUGUCAGAGGAGUAAGAACAGCCUUCGCUAAGCCUGGCUCUCAGCGGGGUAGUUGGGCCUGCUGUUGCUACUGAUAUCUCCUCACUGGAGUAAGGCCAUUGGGAAAUGCUUCAAGAAAACACCCACUGAAAACUGGAAGUACCCCCGUGUGUGUUGCCAGCUUCAGGUAGUGAACAAUACAAACAUUUCUUUAGAGAUAAGUAUGAAAAAGCUAAAGCUGAUAGGUGUUAAACACAGUCACACAGCAUUAUAAAACUCAUCUUCUCGGUGGAGGAUGAGAAUCUUAUGGUGUCCCGAAGUUUAAGAGAAUCAAGAUUUGCAUGCACAGAGGCAGUGGAGGAGAAACAGUGAGCUACUUCGACCCUCUCUGGCUCUGGACUUGAGCCUGCAAAGUAGUGAGCAAUGGCUGGAAGUGCUGAUCACUCUCCAAUCCCUUUGCCUUCAAUAGGCAUGGAGGGCACACAGCACUGUGCAGGCUCACGUCUUCUGUGCAACUCUGAGCGCGCCUCACUCACCCUGAACCAAAACAUAGUGCCUCAUAUCAUCUGCUCCCUUGUGAGGGGUCAGCAGCUGUACAGACCCUGUGGUCUUCACAGGACCCAGAGGGUAAGCCUAACAUGAACACAUGGGGAACUAAGGAGGUUUAAGGCCACAUUAUGGCUAGGCACGAUCUUAGCACUACAUGAGAAGAGACCAAAAUAAAUGCAUGUUCAGUACUCCCCCUUCCGCCUGCAUGUUUUCCUACGGAUUUCUACACUGCCUGGGUUUGCGUUAGAUUGACUUGUUUGAAUCUAAGUGCUUGACGUUCUACAACUAAGUGAGGAAUUCUGCUUAGUGGCUGGUUCAUCUUUGCAAGUGCAAGCUGAACAAGGUGUAUCUCCACAUGCGUGCGCAACAUUGCCAAAAUACCCGAAUGUUGAUACAGCAAUUGUUCUUUAUGGCACUCACAUAUGGCUCCCCCAGUAAAGACCUGUUGUAUGAAGACACUGCAUUUAUUUUAGAAAAGAAGAUUUGUCAGAAACCUGCCAAGCUUUGCUGUAUUUGUCACUUUGCCCUCUCCGACACUUCUCACGUGUGGCAUCCUUAUUUCUAACGUCCAUUGUAGUGCAGCUUUCAUUUAAAAACAAAACCAUUUUUCCCCAAGCCACCUAUAGUUCACUUACAUAUGUCAUAUAUAUAUUUGUGUGUAUAUAUCUAGUCACAUGGGGACAAAAUCUUGCUUCUGAAAUGGAUCUAUAACUUAUAUCAAUAUGAUUUUUUUUAAUGAUGGGGUAAAUAUUGUAAAAUGGGCUUUUAACAUGUCUUUUUAUUAUCUUUAAGCAAAUAUAAUUGACCCAUUUUUAAAUUGUAGUAUUAAAGAUGGUCUUUGUAAAUCACUGGUACAUAUUUUUGAGUCAAAUAAAAUUUUAUGUUAUCUA